AUGGAGGCACAGUGUCAUAAUCCGGAGUGCAUGAAAAAUUUUGAAGUUUGUGAAAGCUCUUACAAAAACUGUCAGUUUUGUCACAUGGUGUACUGCUGCUGGUAUUGUAGAAAGCGAGACUGGAAGAGACACAGGAAGUUGGCGUGCCACGGAAGCCGCGUGAGCAAGGCGUGCAAGGAAGUUGUUCAGUUCUGCGCUGUGGACCAGGGCGUGCUGGAGUUCAUGUCCAGAAUGGCUCGCCGCGGCUACAUGUCCAGCGGGCGGGGCUGCGUCAUGAUGGGGUUCCCCGACCUCGCGGCGGCGCAAGAGUUCAUCAGACGAGGUCUGGCCUCGCUGGAGAUGAAGCCGUUGUACGUGACCACCAAGGAGAUGGAGGUCAGCAAGAUUCACGGGCGGGUGCUUGGCAAGCUGGUGGACGCCUGCAGCAGGUACGAGCCCGAGGUGGACUUCGUGCUCAACGUUGGUGUGGGGGUGAGGUGGAACAGAUGCGGUGCGCUGGCACCAGGUCACGAGGCCCCGGAGGGUCAACGAAGCUCAGAGAGAAGUACCAGCUUGUCCCGGUCAAGGUCGGGCAGCGUGGGCAGUGAUGGCGGCUACGGGAGUUUGAACUGCAGCAUGAAUCACACGGCAGACAUGGAAUGGCAUGAGGGGGACAUCGUCCACUACGACUACAGUCUGGCCAGCCACAGGUCACCCAUCAUACAAUGGUGUGCUUAUCUCAAGCUCAGAAAAGUGAACUCGUUCCGGAACAACAAACAAGCUUUAGGAGAUUCACGUGAAAACUCCAGGUAUGGAACCACCCUCAUCCUCACAGGGGUCCCCGGGGUAGCAGGGGAAAGAGACAGGAGGCGAACGAGGGGAAUCAAUUUCAUGAACGUGCAGCGGAAGCUUCGAGAAAGAGGCGUCACCUUGAGGCACCAGUUCCCCCGGGUGUACGCCGCCCUGGUCAAGUAUGUUUCGGACGGUGACCGCUUCCCGGCGGAAAUCAUCUACCCUGUGGACACCAUCCACAAGAAACUGUUUAUGUGUGUGCUCAUG